UACUAACUUCACUUCACUAGUUACGACCUCCAUUCAUCCUUCGUCGCGUAUCAUUUGCGAUUUUAACACCAUUUUCAAGCAGUGUAACAGGGAAAAGCACAAGUAAACCUUAUUAAAAGGUUAAGAGUGUUCAUACUUUUAGUUUAUAAGUGUGUUCGAACUGAAAAUGGCGUUGAAAUCGUCGCCGGUCGUAUUCGGUCUCCUGGCACGGCUCUCCCGUAGUUUCUCAACAUCUAAGGCUUUGGCGUCGAAGCCUGUGACCGUGCGUGAUGCCUUGAACCAAGCCAUCGACGAGGAGAUGGAAAAAGACGAGAGGGUGUUCGUCAUGGGUGAGGAAGUAGCUCAGUACGAUGGUGCUUACAAAGUAACCAGGGGCCUAUGGAAGAAAUACGGUGACAAAAGGGUGAUCGACACCCCAAUCACAGAAGCCGGCUUUGCCGGUAUCGCUGUAGGCGCCGCGUUCGCAGGUCUGAAGCCGAUCUGCGAGUUCAUGACCUUCAAUUUCUCCAUGCAGGCUAUUGACCACGUAAUAAACUCAGCAGCGAAGACAUACUACAUGUCUGCUGGUACUGUGCCCGUGCCCAUAGUGUUCCGCGGGCCCAACGGUGCUGCGGCAGGCGUAGCGGCGCAGCAUUCCCAGUGCUUCGGCGCCUGGUACAGCCACUGCCCCGGACUCAAAGUCCUCAUGCCUUACUCAUCAGAGGAUGCUAAAGGUCUCCUCAAGGCCGCCAUCAGAGACCCCGACCCAGUGGUAGUGUUGGAAGACGAGAUUCUGUACGGUAUACCAUUCCCAAUGUCUGACGAGGCGCAGUCUUCAGACUUCGUACUACCUAUUGGUAAAGCUAAGAUCGAGCGUCCGGGACAACACAUCACGCUGGUGUGCGCCGGCAGGGGAACGGACACCGCGCUGCAGGCCGCCAACGAGCUCGCCGGACAGGGUAUUGAGUGUGAAGUGAUAAACCUGCGUUCCAUUAGGCCACUGGACUUCCAGACGAUAGCGCAGUCCAUCGCCAAGACCCACCACCUUGUCACCGUCGAACAAGGCUGGCCUCAGUCGGGUAUCGGCGCGGAGAUCUGCGCGCGCGUGAUGGAGUCGCCGUCGUUCUUCGAGCUGGACGCGCCGGCGUGGCGCGUGACGGGCGCCGACGUGCCCAUGCCCUACGCGCGCGCGCUCGAGGCGCUCGCCCUGCCGCGCGCUAACGACGUCGUCGCCGCCGUCUCCGCCGUGCUCGGCAACAAAAUUGAUGCAGUGCAGAAUUAGUAAAUAUCGGAAUCUCCACAAAAUGUGAACGCGAAGAAUGCCUUUAAAUUAGAUAAAUUGUAAAUAUUUAUUUAUUAUUAACAUUUCCAUCUGAUCGCAGUGCACUCUGCUUCAUCGCCAAGUGAUAUAAGUAUAGUAUACUAAAUGCUUCCCAAAGCGUCCUCUCAACUUUCAAAAUACUGUAAAACAAAUACAAAAAUACUACAAAUAAAAAUAAAAAUAUUGUUUGUACUUAUUAUGUAAGAACAAUCCGACUCUUCUGUAUAUGCAAGGAACUGGGGAAGCUAUGAAAGAUGAAAUAAAUGUUGGUAUAGACAAUUUUGUUACUAGA